UCGUAGUUAUGGACUCUGGUGAACUGCGGUCAACUGCGGUAUACAUGGUCAAGUAUGUAACAUAAUAUGUAGAUAUAUGGUUGUAUAUAUUAUGUAUGUAUGCACUUACAUAUUUCUACCAACAAGAACGAAAUAAAAUUAACACCAUAAACAAAAUUUUAAUUUGAACAGCAAGAAGAAACAUAUAAAUGUAAAUACCCUUAUAUAAUUAAACGAAAGUACUGAUUAAAAUUAUUUACGUUAUUUAACGCAUGAAGAACAGAAAGUAAAUAUCAUGGUAGCCCAUAUUAUGUGUUUAACCUCUUCUGGCGGCAUCCCUUUGUUUUCUCGACAAAAGGGUGAAGGAGAUACGAUGACAUUUUCUAAAAUAGCAUCUCUAAAUGGAAUACACAUGUUUCUCAAGUCGCAAGACAUCAAGCUUUUAAAUACUGAUUUGCCUGAUACAACUAUAAUGUGGAAAGAAUUUGAACAGAGCAUUGCAUUAAUAGUUAUUGCGAGUGGUACCACAAAAUAUGUUUUAAAUAAGUUUCUUGAUGCUGUUUUUGGUGCAAUGAUUUUAUUUGUGGGUAUCGAAGAAUUAAAGAGCACAAAAAAUAUUGAAAAGUUGAAGAAAGAUAUGCGUUUAUGUAGUCCAGUUGUUGACAGUUUAUUACAAUGUAUCGAUGUUGGAGAUGGAAUUUAUUCAAAAACUGACAUCAUCAACAUGACAGAAUGCAUUAUGUGUCAAGAAUAUAAUGUACUGCAGACUUACUUAGAGGGAUACGUGGAAUGUUUGGAUUCUAUAUAUGGCUGUGUUUUAAUACAUGGAUGUUUAGUAGUAGCCACUGAAGGAUGGUGGAGUUUAAACCCAAUUGAAAGAAAGUUGUUAAUAAUAGCUGUUAACAGCGAAGAUACUUAUACUACACGUGAUAUUCCAGUAUUUUUACCUUAUAAAAGUCCGAAUAUAGCUUUUAGAUUGGUGUCUGUUAGAUUGAUUAAUCAUAUUGAGGUACUAACAUUAUGCGGGCCGAAUCCAGAAUUAUCAGAAAUCGAGAGAUUUGCUAUACAGUGUUGGAAGAAUGGUAUCGAUACCUUACGUCAUGCGGAACAAUGCUAUCCACGGAAUUUACCUAUAUCUAUAAAUUUAGAUUCAGAAACACUUGGAUUUCUAUUGGCGAAUUACAAGGUGCAGAAAUUUAUACUGAGUAAAAACACUCAAUAUGCAAAAAACAGAAUCAGCGGUUCACACAGAUUAGACAUAUUAAGAACUUUUUAUCAUCAAGCUGUGGAGACUUUUAUAUUAUCCUCUGAAUUUUGUGAUGAAAUAAGCGACAAUAACUGGCAAUUUGUUGGCGCAAAGGAAACGUAUUUAUGUUCAGAGUAUCACAAGUGUUAUGCAGUUAAACAGGGAGAUCAUAUACUUUGUAUUUUAUAUGCUUCUGUAGUGCCCACUCAUACCAUGAGAUUGAUUUGUCAGAAAGUAUUGAAAACAUUACUUGUAGACAAACAAGGUUGUUGGUAAAACUUAAAUACAAUUUUUUUAUCUUA